CGCUAUUCAGUACGCUCAUAAAAGCGAAAAAAUACGUGGAGUGAAUCUUGGAGGAUGUCUUUUUAAGCAAUUCAAGCUCCAAGACCAGGUUGUUGAUGAAUUUACAUUUACUAAAUUUUUGGGUCAUGAUGAAGCCAAAAGACAACUUCAUGAUCAUUGGUCAUCUUGGGUAACGGAACAAGAUAUAAAAAAACUUGCAUCAUACGGAUUAAAUCAUCUCAGAAUACCCGUUGGUUAUUGGUCUUUUGAAAAGAAGUCAACCGAACCAUUCAUUAUGGAUGGUUUUCAUUAUUUAUUGAAGGCGGUUAGAUGGGCAAAAAAAUAUGGCAUGAAAGUCAUUAUCGAUUUGCAUGGUGCUCCAGGUUCUCAAAACGGAUUUGACAACUCUGGUAAACGUGGCCCUAUUGAAUGGCAAACUGGUGAUAAUAUACAACGUACACUUAAUGUUAUCAAAAACAUAACCGAGACAUUUAGUCGUCCAGAGUUUAGAAAUACUGUUACCAUCAUUGGCGUGCUUAAUGAACCCAAGUCUCUUGUAAAAAAUCAAUAUAACAAAUAUUUUAAAGAAGCUUAUAAAAUUAUUCGUGACAAAAAUAAUGAUAUUUUAAUAUUGUAUGAUUCUACUUUCUUACAAGUUGAUGAUUCGAUAAAAUUUCUGGAAUCUUUUGAAUUCAAAAAAAUUGCGUUGGAUACCCAUAUUUAUAAUGCAUUUAAUUGUAAUUUUGUUUCAAUGAGCAUUAGUGAUCAAUUUACCAAUGUUUGUUCAAAUUAUUAUAAUAUAUCUUCUACUAGUCAAGAUGUUUUGAGAUUUGUUGGGGAAUGGAGUCUUGCUACAACUGAUUGUACAUGGUUGUGGGGAUAUAGCUCUAGGUGCAACUACCCUAGCAAUACGUGUCAAGCUCAAGACGACUAUUUGAACUGGACUUCUGAGUAUAAAAGCUUUUUGAAACAAUAUGCAUCAGCACAAAUGGACGCUUAUGAAGCAGGGAUUGGUUGGAUAUUUUGGACUUUCAAAACUGAAAGUUCUGUACAUUGGAACUUUGCGCUUGGAAUUGAACAAGGUUGGAUACCACUUACUUAUAAACAACGAACAUAUGACUACCAAUCUUUUAUAAAUGAUUACUAUGUAUAUGAUUCUUAUACAGAUUCUUAUGAUAACCCUCAUAAUAAUAAAUCUGAUAAUUUGGAAAAUAAUGAAUCAUCCCAAGCAGAAACUGUUAUUAGAAUAAUAAAAUAUGCUAAAGGCUUAACAUCAAGUCUUAAAAAACAUCUUACUACACGUAAAGAAAAGGUGCCUGAAUUAGAUAAAGGAAAAUCAAAUAUCACUAUUGUAGAUAUGCUAAAAAAUCAAUCAUCUGUUAAUAAUUGUUCUCGUGAAUCUUUUAAUUUAACACAUUUUAAAAAUCUUAUUAAACAUUGGAUCGUUAAACAUAAUCAACCAUUUUACAUUAUAGAAGAUGAUGAUUUCAAAAAAAUAUUCUUAUAUUUAGAAACUAAUGCAAUUGUGCCAUCAGCUGAUUUAGUAAGAAGACAUAUUACAAAUGACUUUAAAAAAGAAUGUAAUAAGCUUUAUAAAAAAUUACAAAAAUCUCUAAAAAACUUUCAAUAA